GAUUAUUGCUGUAGAGCCCAGGGUGGGGGAAAGUGCUGGUGUUUUUUCCACUGUGAAGGGAAGCAAAGAAAGACGGACCUGAUGUGCAAAGAGAAGAGAGAGUAAGGAAGGAGAGAGGAGUAUAAUCCAGCGGGAGGCUUUUGCCGCUGUUAGCAAUCGCCCCAUCAGUUGGGAAAAGCAAUUUUUGCACCGGCUAACUUUUUAAAAAAUCCAUCAAUCUGGAGAGCAAAGUGCCUGACCACGGAAAGCACCUUUGCUUUCUAGCCCUGGAGGUGUCAACUGGGUGAGUGCGGUCUUUUAUUCACAAUUCUCUGCAUUAUUAUUAUUAUUUCUAACGGGGGAAAUUCAUAAUAGAAGAAAGCACCGGUUCUGAACAAGAGAGGCAGAUUAUUUACAGGAUUGCAGCCUAAACGUGGGUCCAUUGCAGAUGUGUGUGUCUCAUUUAUUGUAUAAUUUUAUGUGCUACCUGCAAUGGCUCCACUUGGAAUUCUCACGCAGCCUGGGUACCGCAUUUUGCAGGACCGGGAAGGUUGGCGGUGCAUCUCAAACGCACACUUUUGCACGCAGCCUGCCCGUGCGCUUCCUCGAGAGUAAACCCCAGGGUCCUCAGCCGGGUUUUACUCCCAGGAAAGUGUGCCUAAAGCUUGCAGCCUCGCCCCCGUUUCCCCCGCCUCUUCUCUCUCUCUUCCCCAGUGAAAUGGGCUGGCUUUCAUUUCUCCUUUGUUACUCUUUUUGAGUUUUCCUUGCACACACACAAACCCAGCCUGGCUUGUUUGAUGGAAAUAGGAUGGCUGCGUGCGAUUGCAAGCGAUUGCCUCGCUUUGCGCUAGGCGCUGUACGAUUUGAGACGACAGCGAACAACAAUGCAGCCACCACAAAAACCUUCAUCUGUUGUGGCAGGGGAGGAGGAUCUCGUUAUGGGCUGCACGUUUCCAAGAAACUGCGGCUCAAAUAAUCUGCUGCAAGGCGUCGAUCGGAUGGGGCAAAGCACGGGCCCCGAUCCCGCUGCUCGUGAGGGUGAUCGUGUUGCGGUUGGAAGCUUUUGAAGACACGCGCUGGUGUACCGGCGAGGGGGGUUAUCUGAGGUGACUGCUGUAUUUCAGACAACUGCAGUCUAGCUCUCGCUCCUUUAAUUUAAUGUUUUUGAAAAGAGCCGGAUUUGUCAUUGUGGGGUGCAGCGGGUGCACAACCCUUUAAAGGAAGUGAGUGGCUACGGGGGGGGGGAUGGGAUGCAGGUUUUGCGUGUGCGCGCCUUCCCCCCACCCCCGCCCCGUUCCCAAAUGCUCCAGUUGCAGUAUCAGAAGCCUGCAUUGCUGCUACCCCGAUCAGUUUUGUAUGUGUGUAUUUUUUUUUUUAAUUUAAGGAGGCUAUCCGAGUUUGCAUAUCCUGGCAGGAUCCCGCUGCUGCAAAUAUAUACAGUGUGUGUAUGUAUAUCAAAGCAAAACUAAUUCUUCCACCAGCCCCAUCUGAAAACUAACCUACUGCCUAUUUGCUUUGCGUUUUCAAAGAAAAAUAUGACCAUUUAUAAAACCGGGACUAUCAAAAGAUCAUGGAUGGUGACGAAAAAAUCUAGCUCCUCCUUAACUUUUUUUUUUGUUAAAUCGCCUUCCACCUGGUCCGUUUACAUUUGCGUCAAUUUUAGCCCUAUGGAAAGUGGGGGGCGGGCAGUGGAAUAUGGACACAAAGGAAUCUGUUUCUUAGGCCAUCCGGAAUAUGUUUGCACUUUCUUCCUGACUGCACCCUCCUCUCUAGGCUGGGAAUGCAAGGGAGAGAUGUAAUAAUGCAAAUCAUGAGAAAGUAUUAGCUGGGGAAGCACUAAAUUGCAUACUCUCCCCCCCCCCUUAAAAUUUGACAUUUUGUAAGUCUUUGUUUUGGCCUGGCUCUUUGCAGAAAAAACUCCUAGUAUAUAAGAGCACUGAGAAGGGAAGGGGGCACCCAGCCAAUCCCACUCCCUUUGUGAAUGUACCUGCAUGGCAACAUGUGUUGAUCGCAUUCACAUGUUAGCAUUUGAGUCAGAUAUUAAGCAUACCGUAAGUGGGGGAGAGAGAUUACCCCCUCUAGAGGGAGGGUGUAAACUGCAAUGCAAAACUGACCUUUUUGUGCAUGGAGGGGGGUGUUCCUAAUUGUUUAAUGCAUUCCACCCACCUUAUUUGCUUCUGUUUUUAAAUGAUAAUAAUAAUUAUUAUAAAAAUAAAUUAUGUGCAUCUUCCUUUCCUGUGCUACAUUUAAGAAAGCAUAACUCAGUCUUUCAGAAGCAAUGGUUUUGUAACUCUCCAGCAAUUUCUUUCUUAAAAAAUCAUUGUAAUAAAAGAGUCAUACCCAGUGUCCUGUGAGAGAGCUGUUAGUCUACUAUUGAGAAUGAAAUUUUAGCCCAGUGCACCCACGCACACAGGUGAUGGCCCAUUGCAUCUCUGCAUGAAUAGCUGUUCUGGGCUUCAUUUUAUUCCAGUCGGCCUACACUGAAUGCAGGUAAUUUUUAUUUUCAUCACAAGGUGUAAUUUGAGCAUUCAGUCACCCACACUACAAAUAUAACAGAAUUACCUGCCUUCAGAGGAGGAUCCCAUUUGUGUCCCUGUGUGAGUCUCUGGUCUGAAGUUGCCUUCUUCCAGUCAAUCUUCCCUGUUACAGAUCCUUCUGCCACAUCUCAUGAUCAAAUGAGACUGGUUCAUUUACUCUCUUUCAAGUAGUGAUUCAGGAAAAUUACCUGCCCUGAAAAAGCUGACUGUUGUAUUUCUGCAUGACUGCCUGUUCUGACCUUGCCUCCUUCCAGUCCAUCUCUCCUGACAGACAGGUAACUUUGUGGCCUCUCUGAAAUCAAGUGCAGCUGGCAAAUUCACUGGGGCAUUAAAAUAUCCUUAAUUAAAAUAAACAAUAAAACAAAAAAUUAAAAAGCGUAACAAUUAAAAAAAAGUUAAAAAGGAAUCAGAAGUUCAGUUCAGUGGAAUGCUUGCCUUAACAGGUAUUUAUUCAGUUACUCUCAUGGUAGGAAGGCUAAGAUGAAUUGCCUCUGCUUUUAGGAGGCUGCCUGCUGAGUCUCUGUAUGAGUCACUGCUUUCGCUCUGCUUCCUUCUAAUUAGAGGGCUCAGUCUGAAACAUAUGGAGUAGACAUUCUUGCACAAUCCAAAACUAAAUUGCUGGUCAUUUUAAUUCAGACUUUGUGGGAUGAAAAAUGAAAUGAAGGGUAUCUUUCCCCAGGUGGGGAUAACAUUUCAUUUCUUGGUAUCCUAGGCGAGAUGCCUACUGACAGUGCUUCAGAACCCAUGCAUACCUUUUGCAGCAUAACUUUACCACACUGUUCAACAGUGGAACAGACUCCAUAGGGAGAUGGUGGACUCUCCUAUCUUGGAGGUUUUUGGGUAGAGGUUGGAUGGCCACCUGUCAUGUAUGCUUUAAUUGAGAUUCCUGCAUUGCAGGGGGUUGGACUCACUAGACAAUCCUCGGGACCCCUUUCAACGCUACAGUUCUCUGAUUCUAUUACAUCAUGGUAGAAGCCCCAUUGUCAGAGCACCACACAAGAAUGAGUUGCUCUUUCUGAGCCUCAUCUAGCAAUACUUGGAUGUGGUACAGAGGUUCUUGGCUCCAGACCAGACUUCACCAAUCUGGUGCCCCCCAGAUGUUCUAGACUCCAGCUGUCACCAGCUCAGCCAUGCUGGCCAGGGCUCAUAGACAUUUCAGUCCUAACCAUCUGGAGGGUGCCAGGCUGGUUGAGAACCACAGAAUUUUAGAGCUGGAAGGAACCCCAUCAAACUGCCUGCCCAACGCCAACCCUGCUGGGUGCAGGCUUUCUUUCACUGUUAGGAUGACAGAUGGUGGGGGGAUGCAGGUUGGAGCAUGACCCCGGAACUGGGCCCAUUUUGCUCAGCACAAGACUCGUAAUCUUAGGGUUGUGCGUUUGAGUCCCAUGUUCAAGUUCCCAUGCAUUCCUGCAUUGCAAGAGGUUGAACUAGAUCAGGCAUAGGCAAACCCGGCCCUCCAGAUGUUUUAGGACUACAACUCCCAUGAUCCCUAGCUAACAGGACUAGUGGUCAGGGAUGAUGGGAAUUGUAGUCUCAAAACAUCUGGAGGGCCGAGUUUGCCUAUGCCUGAACUAGAUGACGCUUGUGGUCCCUUCUAACUCUAUGAUUCCUCUAAGAGAGGAGGGAUGUUUAGGCACCAAUGCAGGCACCUCUUUUUGUCGAAUUUCCUGCAGCAUCUGUGAAUUCCUGAUUUUAUUUUAUUUUUGUUGUGCUAUUGAUGUAGUUGCCACACAGCAGGAAGAGAAAGCAAGGCAUUGCCUAGCCUCCGAGGAGCUUAGAACACAAAGAGAGUUCAUUCCAAGCCAACUCAACUUAGUAAACAGAGUCUAACACAGGAGCAUAGGAAGCUCCUUAUACCAGAGCAAUCUAUCCUAGCUCAGUAUUGUUGACAUGGGGGUGUGUGUGCUUGUGGCCCUCCAGGUGUUGUUGGAUUGCUAAUCCCAUCAAUGCCAACCAUUGAUCAUGUUGGCUGGGGCUAGUGGGAAUCCAACACCAUCUGAAGGGCCACAGGUUCCAUGUCUCUAUUUUUAAUCCAUCUUAGUAAAAGCCAGAAUUUUAAUACAGGGAUGAGGAACCUCCCAUCAUCCCUGGACUGUUGGCCAUGCUGGCUUAGGCUGAUGGGAUUUGGGGUCUAACAACAUGGUCUACGUCUACUGGCAGGAGUUAUCCAGAGGUUUCUGAGCAGAGGUUUCUGUGGGCAAAGUAUGUGCCCUACCACAGGGGUGGGAAACCAACUCCAGCCUGAUUGCCACAUUGCCUGAUCGACAACCUUCAAGGGAUGUGUGCAGGACACUGGCAGGUGGGACCAGGGACAAAAGCAGUUGGGCCAACAGUGAGGUGUCUUACCUUUGCAGAGGAGACUCCAUUCCAACCUCUCAUAAGGUAGAAGUUUAGAACAUAAGACGAGCCUGCAGGAUCAGGCCAGUGGCCCAUCUAGUCCAGCAUCCUGUUCUCAUAGAGACCAACCAUUGUGGCUUGUAGCCAUGGAGAGCCUUCUCUGUGAAUAUAUCUAAUCCUCUUCUAGAGCCAUCCAAGUUGGUAGCCGUUCCUGCCUUCUAUGGGAGCAAGUUCUAUACUUUUAACUCUGAAGAAAGACUUCCCUUUCUCUGUCCCAACUCUUCAAACAUUCAGCUUUCUAGCAUUACAAGAGAGGGAGAAGAAUUUUCCUCUAUUCACUUUCCAUGCCAUGCAGGAUUUUAUAAUACUUAUACAAACAAAUCUCUCUCUUUCUCCAUCCAGGCAAUGCAAGAGGCACCAGAGUUUAGGGACUCUAUUCCAGCCACGCAAAAGCCCUUAAGGAAGGUGUAAAUUAGGGCUGGGAAAGCGUGUCACCUGGGGAGUCCCGAGGGCCAGACUGAGAGAGCUAGGGGGCCACAUUUGGGCCCUGCGCCUCAGCUCCACUAUUCCUGCUCUAUACCACAAAGCUGCAGGCCCUUCCUUAAGCUCCAUCAACGUUGCCCACAAGCCAGUGGGAGGCAGCCUGUAGGAUUGAGGAACUGGAUCCGUGUCUUACAGCAAAAGCAGAGAAAGGGUUUUGCAGCACCUGAAAAGUGUUGCUUGCUUUCGUUAUUAAAAUGUUUGCAUCUCACCUUCCCAUCAGUACCCCUUACGGCACCAAAUUAAAAAUCUAAAAGCAAGCUAAGGAAAACAAAAAACAAAAAAACCCACACAAAUUAAAGCAAUUAAGAAGACAGCCAACAACAGAUGGGAUUAAAGCAAACAAUAACUCAGCGGAAAGAACAAUGGGGUUGCAAUCUUAUGCACACUUGUCUGGAAGCAAGUCCUGUUGAGCUCAGCUGGGUUUCCAGACGUGCAUAAGAGCCCUGAGGCUAGAUCAGGCCAAAGGCCCACUUGAUCCUGUGUCUUGUUCUCGCAGUGGCCUUCCAGAUGCCUAUCAGAAACUUGUAAGCGGGUCCUGAGCACAAGAGCAGCACUCUCUGCACUCGAGACUCCGAGGCUGCCACUGAGAGUGGGAGUAAUACAUAGCCAUCCUAGCUAGUAGCCAUUAAUAGCCUAUCCCUCAUGAAUUUGUCUAAUUUUAAAGUUAUCUAAGUUAGUGGCCGUCACUGACUCCUCCUAACUAUGCAGUACUUCAUUUCAUCUGGCUUGAAUCUUACAACAUUCAGCUUUUCUGGACAUCCCUGAGUUCUAGUAUCACAAGAGAGAGAGAGAAAACUUCUCUUCUGUCCACUUUCUCCACCACCCCUAUCGUGUCCUCUCUUGCUCACCUUAUCUCUAAGCUAAGAAGCCCCAAACAUUGUGACCAUGCCCCAUAGAGGUGUUGCUCCACCCCCCUAGAACAUUUUGGUGGCUCUCCAUGCUCUUUUCUUAACUUUUUAUUGGUCUGUAUGUGGGUGGCGCUGUGGGUUAAACUACAGAGCCUAGGACUUGCCGAUCAGAAGGUCGGCAGUUCAAAUCCCCACGACAGGGUGAGCUCCCAUUGCUCGGUCCCUGCUCCUGCCAACGUAGCAGUUCGAAAGCACGUCAAAGUGCAAGUAGAUAAAUAGGUACUGCUCCGGCGGGAAGGUAAACGGCGUUUACAUGCGCUGCUCUGGUUCGCCAGAAGCGGCUUAGUCAUGCUGGCCACAUGACCCGGAAGCUGUACGCCGGCUCCCUCGGCCAGUAAAGCGAGAUGAGCGCCACAACCCCAGAGUUGGCCAUGACUGGACCUAAUGGUCAGGGGUCCCUUUACCUUUUUAUGCAUCCGCUUGCAACCCACAGGCAUUCUUAGAAAGCUGCAUUCUGGGUAUUCAAAAUGCGAGCAGCGAGUUUGAACAACUGGGCCUCUCUAGGGCAGGUGUCCCACAUUUCUGGUGACUCAAAAUACUGGGGAAAGUUCAAUUAUCUUUAUUUUGUCUCCCCUGUUUAUACCUGGCUCCUUUCCCUUCUGGUGUUACCCUGUGUCAAAACUUAGGCUCUAAACCUUUCAAUGCAGGAGCUGACCUCUUAUAUUUUGUAAAGUGGCACACACAAUAAAUAAAGUAAUCACAAUGCGGAGUUUUGUUGACUUGCUAGAACCCAAAGCAGCCUGCUCUGUAGGCCUGCCAACGCCUUGAUCCUCCCUGUGCAUGGCUUAGGGCACCUGUUGCCUUUGCCCGAUUAUGUGGACUGAUUUUAAGCACCAGUUUGGAUUUGAAGGCCUUUGGUUCCAUGAAAUGCCACACUGAACCCAACGGCUGGCACUGGAAGCUACCUGUGUUAGCAACAGAGAGGGUGAUUAAUUUUGUGGCUUGCGUCAUGUCCUUUGAAACAACCAGGACUAUUUUUAGGACGGCUUGGUUUGAGGGCUGCAAAAAAGAGAUAGCGGAUUUGCUUCCAUAGUACACUAUAGACUCGAGCUCUCAACCAAGAUGGAAGGCUUAGCUGUUCAACACUACCUAAACCAAACAAGCAGACCUGAUGGGUAAUAUUAGGACUGUGGGGCUAGAACAUGCUGAAUAACAGAAUAAUAAACUGCCUCUGAGCGUAUACAGAAUAUAUUUCCAUUGUUAAUGACUGUGCACGGUAAAGCUAAACUAUGGUUUUAGAUAGACCACAGUUUGGUGUGACAUCUGAACCCAGACAAACAGUGAUUACGGUAAUCUUAAUUGUAGAUUACAAAGAUGGCUUGUUUCAACAAUGCAUAUUUAAGAUUAGCCACAGUUUAGAGCUCAGAGGACACACUAAACUGUGGCCCAUUUAAAAUAGAAAUGGAAGCUUCCAAUCUCUUCCUUGCAGUCGAACUGAAGAAGGGGAAGCCCAAGUCUUGCUGCAGCUUCUAAUGCUAAUUCAUAGUUUAGCACAAUCUUGCAUUUAACAGCUCACCUAGUACUACAGACAACCAGGAAUGUCAUGCAGGUGAGUGAGGAGGCACAGACAGAUCAAGCCAUCCACCAGUCUGCUUGACUUCCCUGCUAGACACAGUGGACGGAAAGCAUCUUAAUACACAACACACCUGGAAAUACAGUGGGCUAGUGGAAGAAGCAUGGGUUGCUUUCUCUCUUUUCCACUAGCUCCCUUGCAAAAUGGUUGUUUUGUUUGUUUUUAAGUAGCCUAAGAGUAGCUAUGUUUACUGACCAAAGAGUUCAGAAGUAAUUUCUAGGUUGUUCCCCACUUCCCAGGCUAUAAAGUAGAUGAGGGUUAAAAACCAACGAACAAGAAAAGGUGUACUAAGUGUGACGUGUUGAGUGUUUUGUUUUUUUUAAAGAGAGAGUUCUGUAUCUCUGCAUGAGUUGCCAUUCUGGAUACUAGAUUCCUGCUUGAAAAUGUUACUCAUACAAAGGUGCUGUGGGCAGCCUCGUCUGAGAGCAGGUCAGUCCAUAGCAUCUCUGCUUUGGCAGUGAUCGAAUAGUGCCUAGACAGAGCCAAAGGAUGCCCCGAGGAGGAGGGUUGGAAAGAGGUUCAGAACAGUGACUCUCCAGAGGCACCCAGCGUUGGAAACACAGGCUUUAUAUGCAAGACUAAUUUAAUGUUAACAUGCUAACACAGCCAUUGAGUAAUCACAAUAUUUAGUCGUGCUGGGUACAGUGGGCAGGAUUUUCAGGUCAAAAGGUCUGCUUUGCAGCAGAUCUUAGCCUGUGCACCUGUUGGUUAUAGAAAUAGUCCCUUAGGAGGACCUGUUAAUAGAGGAUGAACAGCUUCUAGCCUAACUCUGUCCAAUAUAUGCCACUUUAGAAGCUUGCUAGCCAAGUUUAGAUGGCUUUAAAAGGGGAUUAGAUAAAAUAAUUUAGUACAGAUCUGCUCUUUGUUGUUAUAUCAACAAAGUUUAGAUCCCCCUCCUAGCAAUAAAAGAUUCAUAUAUGCUAGAACAUUAAUCCAAAGUGAAUUCUCCUGGAACAUAAGUUUUUGCAUUGGUGGCUAUGAAGUUGUUAUCAACCUUUUAAAAAGCCAAAAGGCUUUAAUUUAAGAAGGGAUGGGGGAAGGGAUUGAGGACUUUAAAGCAUUCAUAUGUUACCCUUAAGCCAAAUAGUUCCCAGGGCACUUCACCGGAAAAAAAAAUCAAUACAAAAUUGCAUGUAAACGGACAUGAAACAACUAGCUGUUAAUGACAGCAAAUUAAUAUGGUUUAAAAGUCAUUCCCGAGUUGCUCCUAGGCAACCCACUAUGUCCCACCUCCUUAACUAUUAUUAGUUGAAAAAAUGUUUGCUUAGGACAAUAACUGUUUUGCGUCUUACAUUCUUGAAUAGAAGAGUUCCUUGUUCAGAGUUGCCAUGGGCAGGCUUGCUUGAAAGCAUGCCACUCCAUAGCAUCUCUGCUUUGGCAGUGAAUGAAUGAGCCAAGGCAGAACCCAAUGGUGCCCAGAGGAGACAGAUUCAAAAAAAGUGUGCUCAGAACAGUGACUCUCUCAGAGCCACAACGGUUACUUUCUUGGGGUAUAGGUUCAUUAGGGCUCUCAGAAUCCUUUAAUUGUUGCUUUGAUUUAUUUCUCACGGAAAGCUAGGCACUUCUCUUGUAGCAAACAACUGUGCUCAGGCAUAGGCACAGGAAAUGUGGACGAUGGGUAAGGGUGAGGAAUCCUUUUCACUCUUUUCACUCUUAGGGCCUCUAGGAAGACAAGGAAGAAAUGUCUGAAAAGAUGCUACCUCCAACAGAGCUUGGAUUUUCAUGAACAGAACUGGGAUCUCAAAGCAAAAUCUGUUCCUAGUGAGGCUAUAGGCUUCACACAGAGGGUAAGGAACAGGAACUAAGUUGGACCCGUCUAGUUCAAUAUUGUUAACACUGACUGGUAGCUGCUCUUCAGGGUUUCAGGCAGGGAGUCUUCUUUCCUAGCCCUACCAGGAGAUGCCAAGGAUUGAACCGGGGACCUUCUGCAUGCAAAACUGCUGUACCAUUGAUCCACGGCCCUUCCCUUAAGACACAGGAACAUAGGAAGCUGCCUUAUACUGAAUCAUACCAUUGGCCCAUCAGCCUUAGUAUUAUCUGCACUGACUGGCAGCUGCUCUCCAGGGUUUCAGGCAGGGCAUCUUUCCCAGCCAGUGCUCCCAGAGAUACCAUUGGGGAUUGAACCUGAGACCUUCUGCAUUCAAAGCAGAUGCUCUGCUUCCGAGCUAUGACCUUUUCUCUUGAUUUGUGCCCAGAGACAAGUCGGUUAUGUUCUGCAUUCUCAGGAUUGCUGAACACAUUGUCUUAAAAGAUCCUGCGUAUAUGUGACUGUGCAGUGUGGCAGCCUUCCCUUCAACUUGAAUAACUGUGGUCCUAUCAGCCAGCCCUUGGGUCUGCGACUGCUGCUGUUGAAUGCCAGAUUGGCUGUGAAUCCAUGACUUGAUUGUAGAUGGGAAGGCCGAUCUGGCCUGCAUCACUGAGACCUGGGUGGGUGAACAGGGAGGAGUUGGUCUCACCCAGUUGUGCCCACCUGGCUACUCAGUACAGCAUCAGGGCAGACUUGAGGACCAGGGAGGGGGUUGCUGUGGUCUAUAGAGAUUCUUUCUGUGUGUCUCUAGCCAGGCUUUCUGUCCAGCUGAAUAGGGAUCUUGAGUGUGUGUUCCUGGUGUUGGGUAUUCGGGACAGAUUAGAGAUUCUCCUGGUUUACUGGCCACCUCGCUGUCCUUCAGUCUCCCUGACGGAGCUGACAGAGUUGAUCUUGGAGGCAGUGCUGAAGACUCCUAGACUGAUGGUUCUGGGGGCUUCAACAUCCAUGCUGGCUCUGGGGUGGCUCAGGACUUCAUGGCUGUCAUGACAACCAUUGAAUCCUCACUAUACCAUCUGGCAGAGCUUUUCCAGGUCUUCAGCACACUGGCCCAAAAGUGGUGGCAGAAUGCUAGGCAUUUUGAGGAUAAAAUUCCUAGCAUCCAUCAGGACCUUAGCUCUACUGUUACAGCAAUUGACUCUCAAGAGAUACACAGAGCACUGUCUAAUCCUGUUUUGUUGGAUGAAUUUCAUUUGAUCCGGCUCGAGGAUGUGGGGACCCUUACCCUUCUUGGCUGAUAAAAUCCAGCGGGAAGGAGACAGCUGUCAGGGCUAGGGAGGUGGUCAGUACCUCUUUACAAGGGAGGGUACUAUAGUUCCUGCCUGUUUCAAGGGGGCAGUGACCACUUCUUAAGAAACCAUCCCUAGAUUCUGAGAACUUUGGGAAUUACCAGCCAGUUGCCAACCUCCCUUUCUUGGACAAGGUUCUUGAGCGGGUGGCUGCUAACCAGAUCCAGGUGUUCUUGGAGGAGACUGAUUUUCUCCUUGAUCUGUUGGUGGCUUUUGAUGCCAUCAACCACUGUAUCCUCCUGGAGAGGCUAUCUGAGUUGGGGGUUGAGUGGCAGUGGUGGGUGUUAUUAUAAUUAAAUAUACAAAUAGACCAUGCAAAUGCUAGGGUGUUUCAGGACCCAGGAUAGCUCCUGCACAUGAAAGAGGUUGUCCCUAUGAAAGUCUAAGCCCAGUUGAGAGUCCUUCCACUGUUAUGCACACCCUUAUGAUUUGACCAGUUCCUGGGCCCUCAAUCAAAGCUUUGCUACAACGCUAUUGAAUGGUUGAAACUACUGUAAUUGUCCCAUCCAGCUUGUACCGUAGGACCUUUGGGAGAGUGCACUGCUUAGGAUGGUUGCUCCUUGCCCCCAAGUCUUACACUACGCCCUGCAUGGCUGAAAGGUGGGAACUACUCUGAGGGGUCUGCAGGAAGGCCAGCACAUGGGGGCUGUGAAACCUCCUAGCCAGAUGACUGCGAGUCAGUGAUGUUGCCAUAGUGGAAUCUUUUGGAAAGGCUAGGAUGGGGAUGGGGAACCUUUUCCAGUCUAGGGGCCAUAUUCCCUUCUGAGGGACUUUCCAGGAGCCGGUGGUGGGUGGAGCCAGAGGCAAAAGUGGGUGCAGCAACAGAUGUGGGGUUUACCUUCAUAUAGGAGGCUACUUUCUUCACCCACACCUCUUUGUCCUCCAUCCAGACAAAAGACAGGAACAGAGUUCAAUAACACAUUCUAGCUGGGCAAAAACAAAGAGGGUGCAAAGUCAGGCUGGUGAGGGAUGUGGCCUGGGGACAAUUUUAAGGGCCAGUUAGAGAGGUCUGGAGGACUGCAUUUGGCCCCCAGGCCUAAGGUUCCGCACCCAGGGGGCUAGGCUGAAACAUUUAGGGAGCAGAAAAAUACAUUUUAUCCCCCACCCUGAAAAAGUCUCACCUGCUGAAAUCAGGCUGCUGGAGGGGAGCACAUGGCCCACCUUCCACCCGUCAUAAUUAUACGUUGUGCUUCCGCCACUGCACACUUUGCAAAUGUUAAUUCACCCGCCCGCUGCGCAUCAUGCAUUUGGCAGCUCCUUAGCUUCACGAGAUCUCUCUCUUCCCAUUUGCCUUUAGCUUGCACAAUCAGCUGUAUGUGGGCGGCUCUCAGGAGUCACAUCCGUUCAGUCGCCGCUCGAUGUCUCCCCUCGUUCCAGACGAGGACGGGAGUUCCCUCUCCUCCAUCACAGGAAGCGCUCUGUAUGCUUUGGUGCUCCUCCCCCUCCCUUCUCUUCCGAGGCUGCAGGAAGCUUGGUAUCUCACUGCGUCUGCACCCAUCUGUCCAUCUGGCUUGUAGGGUGUGCAUGUGUGCGCUGCUUCGUGGUCUGAUUCUCUUUGUCCCCAUUGCCGUCUUCGUCAUCGCUGCCGCCGCCUCCCUCUCCUUGGCAUAUGCGUCUCCCGCUUUUGGCAAGAAUGAAUUAAAACUGCUUCCUCUUCCUAGCUGAGGACCAGUUAUUUUUAGGCACGCUCACACAUACUCAUAAGCCCUCGCAGCCGGCAGUGUGGAGGUGUUUGUGAUGAAUAUCAAGGCCCGGAUAAACAUGCGUGUGACUUACUGCCGGUGGGCGGAUCUGAUGUGAGGCUGCUGAGUGGUUUUUAAUUAUUCCUUUUCAUGAUUAUUACCGGCGAGGCGCCUGUGGUUAUCACAAUGCAUGGUGCUCAGAGGCAGGGGCAGGGAGGCUUGUGCUGUGGAAGGAGCCUUGGGCAAAACUGUAUGCCUUCCCCCCACACCAUGCAGGAUUUGAAUGGAUGAAGUCCAGUUCCACCCAGCAUCCAAGGUAGAACAUAAGAGCAGCUCUGCUGGAUCAGGCCAGUGGCCUAUCUAGUCCAGUAUGCUGUUCUCACAGUGGGCGGCCAGCUGCCCUUUCUGGAAAGUGAACAAGCAGGACCUGAGCAUAACAGCAACUAUUCCCACUUGUGGUUCCCAGCAAACCAGCAUUCAGAAGCCUACGGCCUCUGACAAUGGAGGUAGAACAUAGCCAUACUGGCUAGUAGGCACUGAUAGCCUUCUCUUCCAUGAAUUUGCCUGAUCUAAAUCAUCUCAGCAUAAUGCAAUGACGAAUAACAUAAGGAGUUCCCUGCUGGAUUAGGCCAGGGGAGCAUCAUAGUCCCGCAUCUGGUUUUCAUAGUGAAUGGAGGUAAAAGAGGAUUGGACGAACUCAUGGCAGGUAUCAGUGGCUGGUAGCCAUGAGAGCUGUGUUCUGCCUUCAUUGCCAGAGGCAGUAUGUACUCAGGUCCUGCUUUCCUUUGGGGCUUCUGGUUGGCCACAGGGAGAACAGGAUGCUGGACUAGCUGGGCCUUUGGCCCAAUCAAGCAGAGGUCUUCUUAUGCUCUUGUUCAUCAUGCUCCCCUUGGAUUGCUUUAGAAGGGGAUUCGAUAGAGGGCAAGGCUGGCAAUGGCUGUUCCCUCCGUUGUUGGAGGUAGCAUGUCUCUGAACGCCAGUUGCUGGGAAUUGCAAGCAGUGAGAGUUGCUGUUGGGCUCAGGGCCUUCUUUGGGGCUUCCCAGAGGCAUCUGAUUGGUCACUGUCCAAACAGGAUGCUGGUGCCUUGAUCCAGCUGCCAGGCUCUUCUUACCUUCUUAUUUUCCACUUUUGCAUUCAUAUAGGGUGCUUCCGGUUGGGUAGCUGAAAUGUUGCAAGGAGGUAGUCGGCAGCAGAGUGUUGUUGUUUAAACCAAGGAGCAGCGUUUAGGACCCAAAACUGUGAUUAAUCUGCUUCUUGUCCUUCCCUAAAAUGUUUCUCCAGAGAGGCUGAGAGGGCGCUGCCACGAGCCAGGAACGACCCGCCUGCAGCCAUGGAAAAUGGAAUGCAGCUCCUAAACCGGGAUGGGCACAGCAUCUCCCACAACUCGAAACGGCACUACCACGACGCCUUCGUCUGCAUGAACCGCAUGCGGCAGCGAUCCUUGCUCUGCGACAUUGUGCUGCAUGUGGCCACCAAGGAGAUCAAGGCCCACAAAGUGGUGCUGGCUUCCUGCAGCCCUUACUUCCACGCCAUGUUCACAAGCAAGUAUCUCUACCCAAAUCCUCUUCCUCUUGCAGCUUGCCUCAGUUGCCUUGAAAGUCUGCACCCAGAUGGUUCAUGUUCUGCUCCAGUUGAGGCAAAAAUUCUGCAACCUGUAGAAAUUCUGCAAGUCGAGUAGACUUUUAAUUGGUGCCAUUCCUCUUGCUGCACAUAAUUCAUUAACCCUGAAAUUCUUUCUGCUUUGAGACUUUCCCUUUCAGGUGAGCUGCAGAGCAGAGUUUCUCGAAGGGUGCAUUAGAUAACUUGCAAAUGAACUUUAAUAGGUGCAUAAUUUAAUCUGGUGUUACUACUCAUGGAGAAGGGGAAAGGGGCUACGUGGGGCACUGACGCCCCAUAUUUAAUUUUUUAAAAUAUUUAUAUCCUGCCCUUCUUUGUAAAGGAGUCAAGGGUGGCAAUCACUUUAAUAAUAAUAAUAAUAAUAAUAAUAAUAAUAAUAAUAAUAUAUUCCUUAAUCGUGACAUAUAUAUAGCAGACAUUUUGGGUUCUACCCAAAUAAAUCCUACUCAGAGCAGAUCUAUUGAAAUUAACAGGUAUAAGUUAGUCAAGUCCACCCAGUAUAAACCAUCAUGGGUCUCUAAGUGAGGGGGGGAGCUAUUAGUAGUGUUGUCUCUGGCUUUUUUAAAGAAUCAAUCCGUCUUCCCAGAGAACUCUGGGAAAUGUAGCUGUGAGGGGAACAGGAGGGAGUCUCCUAACAACUCUCAGCACUCUUAAAAGACUACAGCUCCCAGGAGUCUUAGAUGAAACCAUGACAGUUUAACAUUACAGUGGUAAUGUUGCGGUUGUGGACGGGAUCCGUUCUGGAGCUUCGGUCGGAUUCCGAGGUUUCAGCAACCGGAGGGACCACUUUUGCGCAUGCACACACGGUGGUAGAGCGCUUCUGCGCAUGCGCACGUGGCAAAAACCCAGAAAUAUACUUCUGAGUUUGCCACUUAUGUAUCCCGAAGUUUACGUAAGUAGAGGGAUACGUAAGCGUAUAGUGCAGAUGGGGCCAAGUCUGAAGCAAGGGUUUCCCUCAGACCUCUAGGACUUGUGAUUGUUGCUACCCAGAGAUGAAUUUGGGACUUUUUGCAAAGAAAGCAUCUGUUCUGCCACUGAUCUGCGGCUCCUCCUCCUCCAAAGGGCUGGAUGGGUCUUGGCUUUUGCUGGGCACAGUGACCACAAUAAAGCCCCUAGGGGUUUCUGCUUAAGAUACCCAUGGCGUCCUCACAGAGUUCCCUUGUGUUUCCUUGCCACCGCAGAUGAGAUGAGUGAAAGCCGACAGACCCACAUAACACUCCAUGAUAUCGACCCGCAGGCGCUGGAGCAGCUGGUUCAAUAUGCCUACACGGCUGAGAUUGUGGUGGGAGAAGGGAACGUACAGGUAAGAUGGACCAGAAGGACCAGCAUCUUUUCUAUGGUUUCUUUGGGAACUGUCCUCACUGCUGCCUCACCUGCACCCUCUGCUGUUAAGCGGCAACAGCACUGCUGUGGCAUUCUGGUCUGAUGCCCACGGACAAAAGUGGCAGGACCACGGACAGCUCCGAGGGAGCAACUUGCUCAACAAAGGCUUGGAGCAGGCUGAGGCCUUUGGGGUCUCCAGACUUCCUCCUCCUGGCUCUGCCCACCUUGAGGGAACUUCAGAACCUUUGGCCUGAAAACAGGCAUGGAUCCUCCAUUCCAUAGUUUCCCUUCUGGUGGGCUCUUGGCCCAGCCAGACUAGAGACAUGUGGUUCUUCAAGUAAAGGCAUCAAUGAGGGUCCAGGCUUGGUGGUCUGGAAGUUCUUGCCCAGCCACCUGAGGUGUGAUGGUCUGCAUACCUUCAUGUAGUCAGGUCUGAGCCCUGACCCAAACUAGCUCCCCACUUGGUGCCUCUGCAGCCUCCAACUCUUUGUCCAGAUCAGCGCUGGGUGCAAGGGCCAUGAAAGCUGCUGCUGCGCUGCCCCACCAGGCGAGCCGUUCCUUUAUAUUUCCUUCUGUUUCCAGCGUUCAGGGAUGGGUGUUGACAUUUUUGUAGUCAAAAUCGCACAUGUACACAGAGGUCGGUAUCAGUAGGCUUGGAGAAAUCCCCCUGCAGAGAACCCUCUAUUCUUGCAGUUGUACAAAAAUAAACUUGAGUGGGGGCGGGAAUCCUAACAGAAGAUCCCCUAGACCCCACAUCACCCCACCUCACCCCAGAAAAGCCCCACCCCAAUGAGGACUGAGCCAGGGGACCUUUGGAGAAAUGGGUGAGAGAAGGAAUGGAAUGGAGCAUCUUGGAUAUGGGCAAGGAGCACUCCACAUGGCCAUAUGAGGUUCCUGGGUCCGUCUUGUUUAAUGUCUAUUUAUGUAUCAAAACCAAAUUGCAGUGGCACCUCCAGGCCCCUGAACCACAGAUGCCUGUAAUCUUAUCACAUUGCCCUCCCUGCAAUUCCCGAUGAUGUCACAUGAUGGCUGGCCGGGGCUUUGUUUGCUGCUGGUCUUGCAGUGCUUCCAACAAGGCUGGCUCAGCUGGCCUGGAGCAACCCCUUCUCUCUUCCCAUCUGUGGAUCUCUCUUGGGUUUUUGUAGGUUCCUACCAGAAGGUGAUGGCUGAAAGACUGCUGAGCGCAAAACCAGGAUAAUUGAGGGAAGCCUUGGUCCAAAGUAGAAGCUUCCCUGCUAUGUUUGCGCUUACUGCACAGCUUUCCAUUUUAAAAAAUGGAAAGAAAAAUGAUGACACACAACUUAUUAAAAUGCAAGAAGCAGAAGUGUUCUUAGUGCUAUGGGGCUGGGGCACUCUUCUCUCCUCUAGCUUCCAGGACCUGGUAUUCAGGAGCAUUGCUUCCUCUGGCUGUGGAGGCAGUGCAGAACCAUCAGGGAUAGAAGCCAUUGAUAGCCUUGCUUCCAUGAAUUUGUCCAAUCCUCUUUGAAAGACAUCCACGUUGGUGGCCAUCACUGCCUCCAGUGGGAAUGAGUUCUAGCAAGAUCGGACCCUGCCCAUCAGCUGGUGACACCUAAAGAUGUUAGCUGAUUGGCAGGUGGGUGUGCUUUUGGGAGGAAAUGACUUCACAGGCCAAUUUAGACCCCCUGGUGGGCCAAGAUCGUUUCCUUGUGUGUGUUUUUCCCCUUUGGAAGAUUUCUUAAAUAUGUUUUCCAAAAUUUCACACAUACAUUUCAAUACAUAAUAAAAACUUUUUUUUUUUUACUUCCCACUCCCUUUGCUUCCCCUUUUUCUCCCUCUGCUACAUCCUGUCUUCUAUCUCUUAAACCUUAACAAAACUACUAUAAUCUUUAAUCCAUUCUGUUGUUCAUAAUUCAAAUCCUACUCGUGUGUUCGCCAUACGAUAAUAUUUCUCUAAAUAAUCCGAAAAGGGUUUCCAUUCUUCCACAAAACCUUCAUUGUUAGGUUCUCUUAUUUUAGCUAUUAAAUUUGCCAAUUCUGCAUAAUCCAUUACCUCACUUAUCCAUUCUUCUUUAGUGGGUAUUUCUGCUGCUUUCCAUUUUUGUGCAUGGAGAACCCUAGCUGCAGUUGUUUCCUUGUUACAUAUAUUGUACAUGUCACUUUGUAAACAGCUUAGCAACUGUCUUUAAGUACAUAGUAGUAUAUAAGGAGGCAGUGAUGGUCACCAAGUUGGAUAGCUUUAAAAGAGGAUUAGACGCAUUGAUGGAGGAGAGGGCUAACGAUGUCUACCAGCCGCAAUGGCUAUGAUCUGACUCCAUAGUCAGCGGCAGCAGUGCUUCUUAAUAGCAAUUGUUGGAAACAUCAGGAGGGGAGACUGCUCUUGCGCUUGAAUACUGCUCACUGGUUUCCCACAUGCAUCUGGCCGGCCGCUGUGAGAACAGGAUGCUAGACCAGGUGGGCUAUCGGCCUGACCCAGCAGGGCUCUUCUUAAAUAUAUUAAAUAAAAAUGGCCUGCAGCCUAAAGGCUCCCCACCCCUAGCGUCCUGGUUCAAGAACAUGUUUGGAAAGUCCUUCUCUGUAGGUCUCAGCUUUUAAGAUUGUUUCUUGCUGUCUGGAGAAGGAUGGAAGAGGAUGUUCCACGGUGGCAUUAGGAGCAGGAGUGUCAGGACCGGUGAGGGUUGGGGGGAAUGAGAUACCUACCUGUGACAGGCUUUUUUGCCUUGCAGACACUGCUUCCUGCCGCCAGCCUCCUCCAGCUGAACGGGGUGCGGGAUGCUUGCUGCAAGUUCCUGUUGAGCCAGCUGGACCCCUCCAACUGCCUGGGCAUCCGGGGCUUCGCAGACACACACUCCUGCAGCGACCUGUUGAAGUCGGCCCACAAAUAUGUCCUGCAGCACUUUGUGGAUGUCUCCAAGACAGAAGAGUUCAUGCUUCUGCCUCUCAAGCAGGUAAGAGAUUGCACAGCCCUUUUCCCCCCUUGUGUGUCAGGUUUUGCGAAUGGUACGAAGCAGCACCAGGGUUCGCUCACCUGCUUGAGAUUGAGGCUGCAAUCUAGCUUUGCAAAUGAAAUCCACAAAACGUUUUAGUAGCACAAACUAAAGGUAUAAUGCAGGCUUCCUCAACCUUGGCCCUCCAGAUGUUUUUGGCCUACAACUCCCAUGAUCCCUAGCUAGCAGGACCAGUGGUCAGGGAUGAUGGAAAUUGUUGUCUCAAAACAUCUGGAGGGCUGAGGUUGAGGAAGCCUGGUAUAAUGAGUGAUCGAUUCCCCCAUCCCCCAUGUUUGGUUUUGCACACAGACACUCAGUCCCAUCAGUUUAUGCAAAUGUCUGGAUUCAGUGGGAAACCAACACCAUGAAUGCUGUCCAAACACCCUGGUAAAUAAAUAUGGCUAGAGUGAGUCUGGCUCAGGAUAGCACAGCUUCCUGUGUAGUCCUAAAGGGUUAAAAAAUUGAGGGAGGUACCUCCCUCCUAGCAACUUCAGUGCCUCCAAUCGCUUUUCCAAACCGCAGGCCAAGCUUUGCAGCUGGUAUAGGAAGAAUGCAUGUAAAUACGUGCUGACCUAAUGUGCUUCUUAUGCAGUAAGAAAACACCAGUGUGCCUUCUCAUUAAAACUCCUCCUGCGUUUCCAUGAGGCCAUUCCUGCCUUUGCUGGUGGCAUCAUGCCAGCUUCUCCUUGGACACUGUUGCCUAUGCUUGGCAGGCACCACUGUGAUGCCCUUUGUAGAUGGGAAGCAUUGGGAAGGGCUGUGUUUUUUGUUUUUAGUGGGGGGGAGGCGUGCUUUGCAUGCAGAAGGUCCCAGGUUUAAUAUCCCCCAAUCUGAAGUUCUGGAAAGCCACUGCCUGUCAGUGUAGACACUACUGAGCUAGAUGGACCAAUGGUCUGAGUAUAAGGCAACUUCCUAUGUCCCUAUGGUUUAUGUAGCUUAGUGGUAGAGCAUCUGCUUUGCACGCAGAACCUCGAUCCUUGGCACCUCCAGUUAAAAAGGCUCUCAAGUAGCAGUGAAGACCACUAGCUGAAUCCUUGGGCAGCUGCUACCAGCAAAAGGGACCAUUAGUGAGUUUAGAUGAGGGAUCAGUAACCUGCUAGGUGGUUUUCAAAUAUAAAACCAAGCACUAACCUAUAAAGACCCAUCAUUAGCACACACAAUAAAAGAACCCCAUCCAAACACAAAAAAUGGAACGUUCACGAUUAGAAUAACCAACAAGCAAUCCCAUUAAAACAGCAACAUAGUUAAAGCAGUCUGCUGAGGUCCCAGUGAGCCUCUUCUAAUGUUCUCAUGUUGUUCUUAUCUCAAUCUCUUGAUCUGGAUCCUGCUGGCGGUUCUUGGGAUCAACUUUGUUCAAUUCCAUUUUUCCAGUGCAGUCUGAAAUAAUCCAAAUUUUCUAUUCUUUUCGCCCCCCUCCACCCACCCCGGUCCUCCUCUACAGGUGCUAGAUCUCAUCUCCAGUGACAGCCUCAAUGUGCCCUCAGAGGAGGAAGUCUAUCGAGCUGUCUUGAGCUGGGUGAAGCAUGAUGUGGACAGUCGAAGGCAGCAUAUCCCUAGGGUACGUUGCUGUGCGGGUUUCGGUGCUGUUUGGGAUGAAUGUGGGAGGGAGGCUGCAUGCUACAUAGCCAAGUCUGCUAUUUUCAGCUGACCCCCCAAAUGGUGGUUGCUGGGUCUCCAGGCUCUCCUCCGUCCCUUCCUUGACCUCAGGCUGUGCUUCUGUGCAAGGUCAGGGACAAAUCACUGCUUCCCUCCGCAAAGUUUGGAGAGGGGUGGGGUGGCUCAUCCCUGCAGCUGCACCAGAGUGCCUCAGUAGCCCAGCAACAAGGCCACCAUUUCCAGGCUUUCUUUGCUAACUGCAAGCUGGAGCAGGUGCCAAGGAUUCUCCCACAGUUGCACUGUUGGUUUAGAGCACUGUACAAUGACGCGGUUGGCGCUGUGGGUUAAACCACAGAGCCUAGGGCUUGCUAAUCAGAAGGUCGGCGGUUCGAAUCCCCACAAUGGGGUGAGCUCCCGUUGCUCGGUCCCUGCUCCUGCCAACCUAGCAGUUCGAAAGCACGUCAAAGUGCAAGUAGAUAAAUAGGUACCGCUCCAGCGGGAAGGUAAACGGCAUUUCGGUGUACUGCUCUGGUUCGCCAGAAGCAGCUUAGUCAUGCUGGCCACAUGACCUGGAAGCUGUACGCCAGCUCCCUCAGCCGAUAAAGCGAGAUGAGCGCCGCAACCCCAGAGUCGGUCACGACUGGACCUAAUGGUCAGGGAUCCCUUUACCUUUACCUUACAAUGACAAAAGUGAUUAUUCCUCCUAGCUGUCCAGCUCCAAGCUAGAGAAGAAGGCUCUUAUUUUACUCACCAAAAGAAACACUCGUUGCGAAAAACAGAAUUAUUGACCCCUCUGUAUGACAUAACCGCACAACUGAUUUCAAAAACAGGACAGCCUUCUUUUUCCCCUACCGAUGGAUGCCAUUCUAGAGACAGAGAGAAAUAAUGAAUGGGUCAUCUGAUUUUAUUCCGCUGUAGUUAAGAACGGGAAGGAAUUCGUUUCAGUUGACAUUUAAAAGCAAAUCUAUCUAAUUUGCACUUUCUGAAACGAUGCAGAAAGCAAAGCACAAUCGUCCUCCGAAAUGUGCAAAUCUCUGAAUUUCUCAGUGCAGUUCCCCUCACAGAGCAACAUUUCUUAACAGUCAAUCCUACUUUCUGGGGGACUCUGGAAAUUGUAGCUAAUAAGGGUUGCCUAACAACUCUCAGCGUUCUUAACAAACUACAGUUCCCAGGAUGCUUUGCAGGGAGCCAUGGCCAUUUCAACUGGGGUAGCGGUUAGAGAGUUGGCCUUGGACCUGGAUCAGCAGAGUUCAAAUGGAGGGAAAAGGUGGGAUAUAAAUACAAUGAAUAACUUGAUACUGCUUUAAUAUAUAGUGCAAAUGAAGCCUUAGUUGGAUGCAACCCUUAGUGCAAACAAGUUUGGGUAGAUGCCCAAAGAACAGGUUGUCUGAAAGUGACCCUGUUCUUGCAUGAUUCCAGUUCUAGACUCUUCCUUUUAUUUUGUUCAUGUCCCCCCUCACACCCCGCCCCAACCCUCUUCUUUUUUCUCCCCAGCUCAUGAAGUGUGUCCGGCUUCCCCUCCUAAGCCGUGACUUCUUGAUGAGCAACGUCGACACAGAGCUGCUUGUGCGGCACCAGUCAGAAUGCAAGGACCUUCUCAUCGAAGCCCUCAAGUACCAUCUCAUGCCUGAGCAGAGAGGCGUCCUUAGUAACAGCCGAACGCGCCCCCGGCGUUGUGAGGGGGCCAGCACUGUGCUCUUUGCCGUGGGUAAGGAGGCUUGGCCACGACCAAGGAACUGGAUGUUGGGGGUUGUGGGGAGAGGGGGGACUUCUGGAGGUUGGACAAAGGAAGGACUAGAUGAGGGGAAUGAUUGUGCAGGUGGCACAACUUCCUGGCCUGUCAUAACUGUUAAGCAAAUUCACAUAAGUACAGCAAGCUGGAACACACAGAGAAAAAUCCUGGUAACACUUUUUCUGAGCCAAUUAGACAAAAUCAGUGUAUAAUUUGAGAAGAAAGAAACAGAGAGGUUUUUGUCUUUUCUUAGUUCAGGCCUUAUACAGAGCAAGGUUAGAUAUUCAACCAAACACAGGGAAAACUGCCUCACAACUGCACAGCCAGUCACAGCACAUGCUACCUCAUGAAAGCACAUGCUAAAGAUCAUGCUGCUCUGCCAGGUUGCUAAGCAAAACCUCCACCUAUUCCCCCUUCCUUGGCUAGUUGAUUAACACUUAACAGAAUUUACCCUUAAGUUGUACACUGAAUGAUCUCUGCUGUUGCACUUGCCACAAUAACUGGCCGGCACGUCCAACUCAAAAGAGGCUGCGAGGGGUGAGGCCAAAGUUGUCAAGCUUUUUUUGGAGAGGGGAAGAUCUAACUAUAUUUUAGUUUCCUAACUUGUCAGCUACAUACAACAUACAAUUAAAUACCACCCAUUUGACACAAUGGAGGAACAGAGCGAUGGAGGAGGGAGGCAGGGAUUUUCACUGCAUUGCUUUUCACAACUGCCAAUCGAGAGGGAUCCCGUGAUCAACCAAGAUCAGCCGGGGAUCGACCUGUCGAUCAGUUGACCAGUUGGACAUCACUGAUGUAGAUGAUGGAGAAUGAUGAUGGGAGUUAAGAGUCCCAACAACAUAUGAAGGAUGACAGAUUCCUCAUUCUCUCUGUAGAACCAGAGCCUACCUGUUGGAUGCUAUUACUUGCUUCCAUUGGGAUCCUCCCCGCUACCCUGCUGGGGCUUGUUCAGCACCCCCUGGUCACCUCCUACCAUCCCUCCAUGUUUCCUCACAACUUUAAUGGGACUUUACAUCAUGUCUGGAUGAUAGUACAUUGUACAGUCUCUGGGGAGCCAAAUCCAGUCCUUCAGAUUCUCUGUGUGGCCCUCUCCCCAGGCUGUACCCCUAAUUUGGCCUGCUUUGCACCCCAAGCAUUUUUGCAGCCCACCUAAGCAGCAGCUUAUCAGGUGGCUGGAGUCAAAGGCUAAGAGCCAGACAUUUGCAAACCACCGACUUGCAGGGGGCAGCCUUCAGGCCUCAGGCUCACCUAUAGGACUGCCUAUAGCCCAGUCCUGACAGGAGGUUGCCUCAGAAACAGCUGUGUGAACUGAGCCCCGAGAUGAGCUUGCAGAGAGCCCCUUGGCCUUACCCCCCUGGCCUUCCAGCUUGUCACUUUCUCCCCGCUUUCUGUUUUCGUGCAGGUGGCGGCAGCCUCUUUGCCAUCCAUGGUGACUGUGAGGCCUACGACACCAGGACAGACCGCUGGCACAUGGUGGCUUCGAUGUCCACUCGCCGGGCCAGGGUGGGCGUUGCUGCCAUCGGGAACAAGCUGUAUGCCGUGGGCGGGUAAGGAGGAAUUCUCGGCCACUCUCACCUGCCCCCCACCCCCAUGGCUGUCAUCACAUAAUUUAAAGGGAGCAAUAGAUGUCAGGGAGGGAGAAUUUCGUAUUUAUGGAACCCGGCCUGGUGAUUAUCAGCUAGUGGUAACGCAGAAGCAGACGUUUUCAUUGGUAGCUCCAGUGUUGUGGAAUGCAUUCCCUGUUGCAUCUGCCAGCUUUUGAAGACACACCUGUUUACACAGGCAUUAGUCUGAUUUCUUGACCAGAGUGCCCUGUUUUAAUUGCUGUUUUGGUUUAAUUGUUUAUUUUGAUUGUGGAUGUUUGUUUUUUAAAAUAUAUUUUUCAUUGAAAAUUUUCAACAUAAAAUACAAUAAGAAUCAAACUAAUAUACAGAACAAUAAUAUUUUAGAAACCAGAAGGGAAAAAAGAAAGGAAAGAAAGAAAAAAGAAAUACAGUGGUACCUUGGUUUAAGAAAGCUUAGUUUAUUAACAACUUGGAUUAAGAAUGCUGCAAACCCAGAAGUAGGUGUUUUGGUUUGUGAACUUUGCCUUGGAAGCAGAACAUGUUUCGCUUCCUGUUGAGUGUGUUCCAUUUGUAAAUUGAGUCCCCCCCUACUACGGGAAAGCGCACCUUGGUUUAAGAAUGCUUUGGUUUAAGAACGGACUUCCGGAACAGAUUAAGUUCAUAAACCAAGGUACCACUGUACUUAUAAGGCCAAUGACGGUAUUUAUAUAAUAAAUAUCCUGUCAUUUAUCCACAGGCAGAGAGGUAAACCCUUGUUUUGAUUGUGAAUGUUUAGGUUUUUAAUGUUUUAAUGGGAUUAUUUUACUGUGCAUUUUAGUUGUGGAUGUUGAUAUGUUUGUGUAGUUGUCUUUUUUAUAACUUGUAAACCCCUUAGAAGCCCAUUUUGGUAUGAAGUGAUAAAUAUGUAUUAUUCUUAUUCUUAUUAGCAUUUGGUUGUCUCCAAUGUUAGAUCUAAUCAGAGUAGACCCAUUGAAGUUAAGGGACAUGACUAACUUGGAUUUGUUCAUUUCAGUGGGUCUACUCUGAGUAGCACUUAGUUGGAUGCAACCCAUGUAUCCUGAUUUAGGAGCUAGCAGCAAAAGGCAGAGAUGAUUGGGAGGGGUGUCAUUAUUCAGACUGCAUUUUCCUAAUGUCUCCAUUUUAAAAGAUCUCAUGUCUGAGAACUUGGACAGCUGCUACCAGUUACAGGUAGGUAGCCGUGUUGGUCUGCCGUAGUCGAAACAAAACAAAAAAAUUCCUUCCAGUAGCACCUUAGAGACCAACUAAGUUAGUUAUUGGUAUGAGCUUUCGUGUGCACGCACACUUCUUCAGAUACCUCUUCAGCUGCUGCCAGUCAGAGCAUAAGAACAUAGAACUAGCCAGCUGCUGUUAUUUAUUUCCCACCCUUUACUCUAAAGUCCUAGGGCAUGUCACAACAAUUUACCGUAUUUUUCGCUCUAUAACACGCACCCAACCAUAACACGCAUGUAGUUUUUAGAGGAGGAAAACAAGGAAAAAAUAUUCUAAACGAAACAGUGGAUGUAUGAUUUUUGUGGUUCAUGCUGUGGCCACAGACAUGUGAUCUGACGGUGAGUUUGGAGUAGCCCAAUGCAAAAAUCCAUGUGGAUCCAUGCUUUGUAACCACGUUUUUGCACCACUGUGGCCCCAGGCAACAGUGGGUGCGGUUUUUUUUUUUGGUGCAAGAUGUAGCCAUGGACAUGCUAUGUGAUCUGAUGGUGAAUUUGGGGUGACCCAGUGCAAAAAUCCUGAGGAUCCAUGUGUAUCCAUGCUUUGUAACCACGUUUUAAGUGGGGAGGGAAGGAAAAGCACUCAAGGGACAAGGAGCACGCGUGGGGUGUGUGGAGAAGGAUGCUGCUAAUAAUGCAGAAGAGGAGUUUAAGGGGAGAAGGAACAUGCGUGGGGUGGGUGGAGAAGGAUGCUGCUAAUAAUGAAGAAGAGGGAUAUAAGGGGAGAAGGCUCCUCUCCUCUCCCACUUUGCUCCUUUAAAGCAAGCAGGCUCUGCUUUUCUCCCUCCUCCCCGCUCACCCCCGGCUUAGCGAGCUGAAAAACUUUGCUGCUAUGUAGCGAGCUGAGUGGGGAGGAGAGAGGGACAGAGAGCCUGCUUGCUUUAAAGGAGCCAACCGGACUCCUCUCCCUAUUUGCUCCUUUAAAGAAGCAGUCUCUCUGUCCCUCUCUUCUCCCCACUCAGCAGCUCUUCUCCCACUUUGCUGUUUCAAAGCGAGCCACGGAGGAGGGAAGGAAGGGGAACCAUGGAUCCUCUGCUCACGACUGCAGCAGAUCCCCCCGCCACCCGUAGGCAUUCCCUCCAUAACACGCACAGACAUUUCUCCUUACUUUCUAGGAGGAAAAAAUUGAAUGUUAUGGUGCAAAAAAUAGGGUAAAACAACAACAUUAAAAACAGUUUAAAACCAGAAGAACAGGGUAGGUCCUAAAUAUAUACAUCUCAAUAGUAUAUUUUUUAUGCUGGAAAAUGUUUGUAGUAUUUUUUAUAAUUUUAUCAAAUGAUAUUUUACAGAAAAUUAUUUUAAAAUUCUAAAACUAUAAAUAUGUUAAUAUAUUCAAUAGUAACGCUAGCUCUGUUUCACUGCAGCUACGAUGGGACCUCUGACUUGGCCACAGUGGAGUCUUACGAUCCCGUCACCAACUCGUGGCAGACAGAGGUUUCCAUGGGGACCAGGCGGAGCUGUUUAGGGGUGGCAGCACUGCAUGGACUCCUCUACGCUGCUGGAGGGUAUGAUGGAGCCUCGUGCCUCAACAGGUAAGAGGGCUUAUUGGCUUAUUUGCCAUUCACCUUGCCCCCCUCAUUCCCAGAGUGGUUUAACAAUCAAUCACUCUUCUUAGGGAACUCUGGGAGUUGUAGCUUUGUUGGGGGGAAUAGAGGGUCUCCUGACAACUCUCAGCACCCUUAAACAAACUACAGCACCCAUAAUUCUUUUGGGGGGAAGCCAUGGCUGUUUAAAGUGGUAUCACAGCACUUUAAAUGUAUGGUGUGAAUGUGGCCCCGGUGUGAUGCAAACCCGUUGAAAUUCACAAACAAGGCUAAUUUCAGGGGUUCCACUCUUGAGUAAAACCUAGUUGGAUACAACUGAAAACAAUUGAAAUUACAAGUUUCUUAUAGCUAGGAAAAAUGCCAUCUGACCAUAUUUCUUAAAUAAGAGAAUAUAUGCAGGCAACUCCAACUUAUGCACCUUUAACUUCUGCGCAUUCAGCUUUAUGCGCAUGACAAGAAGAUAACAAAAGAUUUUAAAGGGGGGGGGACCCUCUGGCAAUCCCACCCACCAUUGCCCCCAAUGUAGUUUGGCUUUACAAACUAUCCCCAGAACAUAACCUCUGUGUAAGUUGAGAGUUGCCUGUGGGUGGAUGGUUGUGUUGCAUCCAAUACUAGUCCUACUCAGAGCCAACCCGUUGAAGUUAAUGGACUUGACCAAUAAGUCCAUUAAUUUCCACAGAUCUACUUUGAGUAUGACUUGUAUACAUAUUAUCUUAAAAGUUCACAUUCAAGUAAUUAAUGGGUAAAGAUCCAGUUCUCCAAAAACUUGUCUACUGCUAUUCCACCCCUCUCUCGGUUUUUUUGUUUUACAAUGCAUCUGUUUGGUCACCAUAACUAUUAACCAUAUUCUACUUAUUCCUCUCUCUUGACCUGCCUCAGUGCUGAAAGAUAUGACCCCCUAACAGGCACCUGGACAUCCAUCGCAGCUAUGAGCACCAGAAGGAGAUACGUCCGUGUGGCAACUCUUGGUAAGUCUGGCUUAUAAAUUAGAGAGAGAGAGAGAGAGAGAGAGAGAGAGAGAACACUUGCUGUUCUAAGAACAUACCAGAAUAACAGGCUUGGCACUUUCCCAAAGCAAUUGUGUGAAAUAGUUUUAUCCAGUAUGCUGGCCCACUUUUGUCCUUGGCUCCGCCUUCCAAUGGGAUGUGGCCCCUGAAAGGCUGCCCAGAAGGGAUUGUGGCUCUCGGGUUGAAACCAACCCCUGCUUUGAAGCACUAAGCACCACAGUAAGUUCCAUAGCUGCUUGACGGAGAACCUCAGCUGUGGAAUGGCUCCUUUUGGGCUUUCUGUACAGAUUUUUUUUGCGUGUGCCAUGCGUUCUUCCUUCCGCUCCAGUUUGCUGACCUCCAAGCCCCAGGGACUUCUUAGUCAUUCCCCUUCCACUCAUGCGUGCUGCCUGCUGUCGUCAUGGCACCGCAUGCCUGGCCUGCCACUUGCUCUGCACCUGUCCAAAAAGCAAACUUAAUCCUAACAGCAGGCGGCCUUGUUUAGGCUGCUGCCUCGCUCUCACGGAACAGUUCAGAAGCUGCCUUGUGAAUGUUUAAUGUCCCCUUGCACCAGAUGAAGCCUCUGCAAAGUGGCCGGAAGGAACGUCUGUGUCUGUGUCUGUGUCUGUGUCUGUGUCUGUGUGUGUGUUUUCACGCUCCAUGAGGUAAUCUCUCCCCAGAGGAGCCUGCCUUGGCUGCUCAGUCCUUGUGGCCUGGUGUUUUUCUGUACACUCAUCUUUUUAUUGGGCCUAGCACCCAUUCCAAGGCUUUAAACUGUCGUUUACCCCUCACAGAGCUACCACUCCCAGCACCCUUGUCAAACUACAGUUCCCAGGUUUCUUUUGGGAAAGGCAAGUGCUUCAAAUGUAUGGAUUGAAUGUGUGUUUUGCUGCAUAUUUAUGCAUGGGUUGUAUGUGUGUGUGUUUUUCAUCUUCUUCUUCUUCUGCAGAUGGCAACCUCUAUGCUGUUGGGGGAUAUGAUAGUUCAUCACACCUGGCAACUGUGGAAAAAUAUGAGCCACAGGUAAACAGGAAGGGGCAAAGCACUGCGGGUUAUCGGGAGAAGAAUGGGAAGUUUUGGAUAUACCGUAGCUGGGGUGGUGAUGGAGCCACUGAGAGUGGGCCGGAAGGAAAAUCGGGGGGGGGGGGCAGGCUGCAAAGAUGAAUUGCAAUGAGAACUUAUGAGCAGCAGGUGACAGAAAGCCCUGCAGGACUUCUGCCUUCCAGUGUGUGCCUUUACUACUACUACUACUAAUAAUAAUAAUAAAUUUUAUUUAUACCCCGCUCUCCCCAGCCAAGGCCAGGCUCAGGACGGCUAACAAGCAAUAAUAAAAACAAGUUGAAUGAAUACAACUUAAAAAACAAGAUUAAAAUACAACAUUAAAACGUUAAAAUGCAGCCUCAUCACAGGAGGAGAAAGGAAAAAGAAAGAGGGGGAUGGAAUCAAAUUGACUCCAAGCCAAAGGCCAGGCGGAACAACUCUGUCUUACAGGCCCUGCGGAAAGAAAUCAGAUCCUGCAGGGCCCUGGUCUCAUGAGACAGAGCGUUCCACCAGGCCGGAGCCAGUGUUGAAAAAGCCCUGGCUCUGGUUGAGUCUAAUCUAACUUCCUUAGGGCCCGGGACCUCUAGGGUGUUGCUAUUUAUGGACCUUAAGGUCCUCCGUGGGGCAUACUACACCCAAAAGGAGAAAAUAACCUAGCCAUAUACUGUACUGUAUUUGUGCAAGGCCAUCACCAUGCUGGCGAUGGGCUGAGCAUGCUCCAGGUUGUGGGAAAGAUUGGAGACAAUGGGUGAUGGGGUGAGUGAGCUGGGCUUGUGAUGGGAGGAGGCCUGCAAGAAGGGGGGGCAGGUGGCGUGAGAGCAAGAGGGGCAGCGGCCGAGCAAGCAGGGCUUGCAGCAGUGAGCUGAAGAAGGCAAGUGAGCCAUGGGCAUAAUAGCCCAGCAACUUGGGUUUGCAGCAGCAGAUCAGGUCAAGCGAGAGGGGCAGCACAUGGAGUGGGGGUAGGGGGUUUGGCGAGCAAAGCAAGCAGGGGAGUCAGCCCCUCAUGUGGCUCAUAAGAGCAUAAGAAGAACAGUGUCCUAGGCCCAUGUAGUCUUGCAUCCUGUUAACCCAGUGGCCAGCCAAAUGCCUCUGCGAUAUCCGAAAGCAGGACCUGAGCGCGGCAGCAUUUCCCCAAUUGUGGCUCCUAGCAGUUGGUAUCAGGUGCACCCUGCCUCUGAUAGUGGAGAUAGAGCAUAGCCGUUGUUGCUCCAGGUAUCUAUGUAGUGUGGCUGAGUUAUACUUUUAAGUUUUAUAUUAUUGCUCUUUUUAAUCUAUAGAUAUGUAUGUAUGUAUAUGUUUCCUUUGCUGUUUCCUGCCAGAUCAAUACAUGGACUCCGAUUGCCAACAUGCUGAGCCGCCGCAGCAGUGCCGGUGUGGCUGUUUUGGAAGGGAUGCUUUACGUGGCAGGAGGCAAUGACGGGACAAGUUGCCUUAACUCGGUGGAGCGCUACAAUCCAAAAACGAACACUUGGGAAAGUGUGGCACCCAUGAACAUCCGGAGGUAGGGAGCAGCAUAUCCCAAAGAGAGGCUGCGGAUGGGCUGCAGUGUCACAAGCCACCCUUCAGGGCAGGGAUUCCCAAACUGAAUGAAGGUUCAUGCACUUCAUUCAGGUGGUAGGCAACAUGCCUGUAAAAAAAUGCAAUUAAAAAUCAUCUUGAGCAGCGUACUGCAGUCGCUACGGCAGGCGGAAAAAGGCAGUAAGUGGUCUGUCAAGACCCUCAACCAUGUUCAAGUGAACGUAAUAACAGCUCGCUGGCUCAGGCCAAUCUAGUCUUUUAUGCAAUCCUCAAGGUGGCCAACCAGGUGCCUGUUAUGUGAAACCUGCAAGCAGGACCAGAGCCCUCUCCCCUCCUGCGGUUUCUGGCAUCUGGUACAGUGGUACCUCAGGUUUCAUAUGCUUCAGGUUACAUACGUUUCAGGUUACAGACUCCGCUAUCCCAGAAAUAGUGUUUCAGGUUAAGAACUUUGCUUCAGGACGAGAACAGAAAUUGUGCUCCGGCAGCACGGCGGCAGCAGGAGGCCCCAUUAGCUAAAGUGGUGCUUCAGGUUAAGAACAGUUUCAGGUUAAGAACGGACCUCCGGAACGAAUUAAGUACUUAACCCGAGGUACCACUGUAUUCAGAAGCAUCACUGCAUCUCACCGUUGAGGCAGACCACAGUCAUCAGCAAUUGCAGCCAUUGACUGCCCUCUCCUCUGUGCAUUUGUCUAAUCCUCUUUAAAAGCCAUCAUUGACUCCUGUGCCAUAGUUUAACCAUGAGCUGUGUGACAAAAUGCUUUUUUUAUCUGUCCUGAAACUUCCAACAUUCAGCUUCAUUGGAAGUCCACAAGUUCUAGUGUGAUGAGAGAGGGCGGAAAACAUUUCCCUGUGCCCCUUCUCCACGCCAUGUGUCAUUUCACAAGCUUCUAUCACUUCUCCUCUUGCUCACCAUUUUAUAAAAACUAAAAAGUUCCAGCAGCUGCGACCUUUCUUCAUACGGGAGUCGCUCCACUCCUUUGAUCAUUUCAGUCACCCUUUUCUGAAUAUUUUGCAACUCUACAAGUGGUCCAUGGGAAAAAAAGUCAGGGGACGUGAUGACCACAUUCCUCGUUGCGAGCCGUAGCGUAAAACAAGAAGAGUGGCAAGCCAUGUUUGGUCAUCUGCUGCUUGUUUCCUGUGUACAAAUUAAAUCCAGUGCCACCUAGUGGCCAAAUUGCAGAAUGACACUAUCCACGCAGCUGGUAACCUCUUGGUUUGACUUUCUCUCCUCAGGAGCACCCAUGACUUGGUGGCUAUGGACGGGUGGCUAUAUGCAGUGGGAGGCAACGAUGGCAGCUCCAGCCUCAACUCCAUCGAGAAGUACAACCCGCGCACCAACAAGUGGGUGGCGGCUUCAUGCAUGUUCACCCGCCGCAGCAGCGUGGGCGUGGCUGUGCUGGAACUCCUCAACUUCCCGCCCCCUUCCUCCCCUACCCUAUCGGUGUCCUCGACGAGUCUUUGACAAAGAGUCCGGUCGCACCUUGCCUCGAGGGGACUGCAGCAUCUGUCGGAGUGCAAAGCCAGCCUGGCCUGACCCCUGCGGCAGCCAUUCUUUGUGAAGAAAGAGAGUGAUGAAGGCGUUGAUGCUGCGUCCAUACAUUUUUAGUAAUAACUUUCUGAGGGGGCCAUUUCUGGUUCUUGUGGCGGAGCUCCAAAUGGGGAUUUAGACCACACUUCUUUAAGAAAGAAAAGAGAAAGAAAGAAACACCAAGAGCCCCUCCUGGUUUUCACCAUCUCUUUCAUCAUCACCUGACUGGUUCUGCCUGGUCUUGUCAAGACCGGACUCAAUAAUCUCCUACUUCCAUGUUUGGACAUGACUUCUGGUUCCACCUCCUGCAAUGGAGCUUAAACAACGAGAAGGAAGGAAAGAAAGAAAGAAAGAAAGAAAGAAAGAAAGAAAGAAAGAAAGAAAGAUUGAGAAACAAACAAAGCCCAUCUAAGGCAGGCAGGAGGAUCACUUGUUUCGGUUACACCAACAGCUGAAUGUAAGCUGUGAAUGUCACAAUUAGCCAAAACUUCUUACCAAGCCUAUAGCGUACUCUUACAGAUUCGUGAGGUGAUGCACUUCUUUCUCUCACACUGGUGUCUAUUGAAAGGGAUGCCUUAAAAUUAAAAAAAUAAAACAGGGCUGGAGGGAAGAUGGCUGCAACACAAGCCCUCUUAACAUGUUCAGUGGCCCCUCGCUCUGUCAGCCCGGUUAUGUGCCACCAAUUCUGACGUUCUCCUGCCCUCUUCAGCGGCAUGGGUUUUGGGGCAUCCGCCAAUGUGCUGGCUCUGCUGUUUUGAUUCCCCAACCCCACUUCCCAAAAAUAAUUAGGAAGAAGCUAGCCCGACGACGGUGCUCUGGGAUUGUACUUAGGGGAGAACGAAGGAACUUUUAACAGGGUGGAGCAAGGUUACGAGACUGUGUUCAUAUUAUUUUAUAUUUGUUAACUUUCAAUUUUUGACGCUUGCGUUUCUAAAGUUCUUUAGGAUUUUUUUUAUUGUUUCAUUUCCCGCACAUCUGGUUUUCUGCACUCCAUGUUAUUUAUUUAUUUAUUUAUUUAUUUGCCCUAUUCUUUCUUCCUUUUUUUAAAACAAAGUUGGACAGUUGCCAAAAGGGAGGAGGAGGAGCCAGGUGAUGAUAACGUAUGUUUUUUGUCAAAUAGAGAGUAAGUGCAAUCUGUGGGAUGGAGGAGGCAGCUAAAGGAUGGGUUAGUAUAAAGAUAUCAUUGAAAUGAAUGGGAGCUGCCCAGCCUUCCCAUUGAAAGGGCAGAGAGAUGUUCAAUUGCCCUCUCUUCGAACACCUCCCAUGCAUUGAAGAGCGGCAUUGCCCAAGUCCCUCCCGCUUCAGGAUGGUACCUCUUCAAAUUCUGCUCAUUUCAGGGUGGUGUUGGACAACCGCCAUUCAUUCCACACGCUCAGUGUGCAAUAGCUCUUCAAAUUCUGCUCAUUUCUGGGUACUAUGGUGCAACGGUCAUUCAUUUCAGACUGGCAUGUGGCAAUAGCCACUCAUUUCACAGUAUGGUUGUACAGUUCAUGUUCAGAUCCUGCUCAUUUCAGAGCGCUAUUGUACACUGCUCAGUUAAUUUCAGUUGAAGUCCCUACAGUCGUCACCUAACUUCAUUUCUGUUUUUGCUUGAGCAGUGCUAAACGUAGGAAGAAUUCCUUAUAGACUGUGAUUUGUGUGAUGUGACUUGGAAGGAUUGCCUUUGGAACAGCUUGCAUCGACUACAUGUGUGUGACAGAGAAAGCGUGCAAUUAUUUUCUUUAUUUUUUUAAUGCCGCAUUCAUAUAUGAAGAACUUGCACUGAAAAGGCCAAGGUCCCUCCACUGACAUACCACUGGAGCAUAACGAACAUUUUGAGUAGCAUCUGUACUGUAAACUUGAACAGUGCCCUUGUUUGGAGACCCACCUACACCAUGAAAACAUCCCUUAUGGAGGAAAGGGUUUGCUUUUAAGAUAACGUUUCACUGCAUUAUACACUAUCCUCUUAAUGCGAUUUGUGUGCAACUCAAGAGCUUGGGAACAGGGUGAGACUGGAGCUUCGAGACGACCCAUCCCAAGACAUCCAUUGCAACGGAUGAAGUUCUUGUACCUCAGUAACCUCUGGACUCUAUUCUGCAACUGUGGCCUAACUGAUCUCGCUAAAGACUUCUGGUUUUAGUUUUAAUUUAUAUACCCUCCUAUCUAAUCUCUUGUUCAUUUGCCCCCCCCCAUUUUUUCCUUUUCUCUCUCUCCAUAUCCUUCCACCAGGUCAAUCUGCCGUGGCAAUAACAGGCUAGGCCUUUACAAAGACAACUGGUGGGCUCUUGGCUGGCUCACGUUAUGAUAGGCCUGCCCUGCUCCUUGCACAGUGUGUGGCUGCAUUGAAGGGUUAAUUAAUCUAUGAUAGACAUUUAGACUUGGUUUCUUUGGCCACUGGAGUGGGCUUCUGAACCUUUCUAGGGUAACAGGGAGUUGUAUCUUAGAUAAGAGUGGGUAUUUCCCUUGGUCUAGUGUUGGUAAUGGGAGACAGGAACUUUUGCAGAGAGUGGAACCUGAGUCAUAUUUGUGCCAUACAUUUAAAGUGGAUUUAAUGCACAUUUAAACCUCAUGGUUUAUCCCUUCCGAAAGAAUCCUAGUAAUGGUAGUUUAGGGGUGCUGGGACUUCUAGCUCUGUAAACUGCAGUUCCAUGGAUUCUUUAAGGAAACACCAUGUGCUUUAAAUGUGCAUUUAAACAUGCUUUAACCAAAGAGCACCCAGCCUGGCUUAGUGAGCUCAUGCCAAACCUUUUUGUCCAGGGAUGGGACCAGCUCAUGGUCCUAUUGCUUACUAAUAGCACUGCAUAGGUAACUUAAUGGGAACAUUUAUGUCCAUAAAGUUGCAUGUGCUAUUGUUUUUCCUGGAAAGCGCAGCUUCUGAUACACUUAGCCCUUCAUACAGACAUACCAGUUGCAUGGAACAGCAAGUGGGGAGCAUGUUUUGAACGGGGUGGGGGUGGGGAGUUACUUCUAAAAGUACCUUUUCAAAAUAAAAUAAAGUUGAGCGCUCAGAAUAAACAAUCUCUCCACCAGUAAGCUUUGUCAGGGCUUUGCCAGUUGCAAUACAUUUUAGGGCAGGAAUGGGGAAGCUUUGGUGCUCCAGAUGUUGCUGUGAACUACGACUCCCAUCAGCCCCAGCAAGCAUGGCCAUCAGCUGAGGAUGGUGGGAGUUGUAGCUCAGCAACAUCUGCAGGAUCAAAGGUUUUCCACGCCUGUUUUAGGACAAGUUACACAAUUGUUAUCAUUUUUCUAUCAGUGCCUUCAGUUCCUUUUUGGUUGUUGGUGGUUGGGGCAAGUUGUUUGCAACAACCAGUGCCUGUUUGGUCACCUUCUGUCAUCAUCUGCUUGUUUUUUAUGUGUAUAUACUUUGCUUGCCUCUGGUGGCAUGGGACACAUGACAUGCCUUUGCUGGAAGAGGUAGGUAACACUUGUUGCUCUUGGGUGACAGAUUGCAAAGGGGUGGUUCUGAUGUGAUAUUCAAGGUUUCUCCUUGCAGUCCAAAGAUCUAGAGUUCUUCAUCAGUCUGUACUACUGGCAGGGACCAGCCUAGUCCACAGUUUGUCUUUUUUUAGGGAAGGUGUACCUGUCUUUUACUCUGGCCGUUUCCUGUAUUCCUGGUUGUGAGCCACAGCAUAAUGCAAGAAGAGUGGCAAGCCAUCAUCUAGAUCCACAAAGCAUCUGUUUUGAAGAAACUUCUCCUGUAGCCUAGGGGUGCAUCCCCUUGGAACAAUGUUCUGUUGAAAUGUGUUAUCUGCACACCUCACUUGUGGAAGAUGCUCUUUUGGGGUUGCCUAUGAGCAACACUGAUGGAUGCCCCAUUUUGACGAAAAAGUUUUUGCAGGAGAAUUGCUCCUCGAGUUACCCUGCUAAUGCACAUCCUGUUGUAUUGGAACUAGGCUGGACAUCUUGAUUUGCACGGGUGACGGGGAGAGAGACUGACGUCCACUUCUUGAUGUCCUUGAGUUUAAAAGGAGCCACUGAUCAUUGGAAGAGAGCAUCUGAAUCCAUCUGGCCCAAAGUGACACCGGAGAUGGAAGAAAGAAGCUUAGGCAAUUGUGAACUCAGAACAAUGGAGAGAGAGAGUGACUGUGGGCUUGAUAAGCAGAACUGUGAAUCAGAAGUACCUUUUACGGCCAACGGGGGGGGGGGGGGAGUCAUCCAUCGCCUCUCUUAUGUCUGUGUGCUUUUCUUUAGCCAUUUCUUAAUCCAACUCCACAACUGACUAACCCAAAAUGACUAAUCUUAACAUGACUUUUGAAGUGCUUUUCGUCCAGAGUAUGUUAUUGUCCAGCAUAGGCCUGCUGCCUUUUGAGGACGUUUCUUUAUCCAGAGUUGAGCAUGUAUUGUCCAAAGACCGUAGCAACUGACUUGAGGAGGCAGGGAGGAGAUGAAACCUGGCACUCCUCUGCUCCCUAAUAACAAUCUGGAAAUACUGGGUUGUGUCCAGUGCUAGUCCUGCUCAGAGUUAGACCUGUCGAAAUUAAAGGGCAUGGCAAACUUCAGUGUGUUAAUUCCAGUGGGUCUGUUGCGAGCAAAACUUCGCUGGCCACAACCCAAAAGCUCUCUGGCUUACCCAUGGUGCAAACCCCUAGCUCAAUCAGCCAAUGUCAGAGGAGCCUUCUAUUUUUGUUUUAAAUGUAUCUGUAAAUGUGUGUCAAUUUAUUUAUGUGCAUUUAAACUUUUCUUUUUCUUUUGUGUUUUUGAAUUUUUGCACUAUAACAGGGGCGGGGCAGGAAUAUGAGCAAUACAAGCCAGUGUGUAAAAUUAAAAAAAAAAGUUUUUUUCUUG